GAAUAAUUCCGCUUGGCGAUACAAAGAGGCGUUUUUCCAUUGUCACACGACAGGAGCGACGCUAUGCGCUCCAUUCAAUACGCGAAGGCUGACGGAGUUGCUUCCUGUCCUAUAUUGAAGUCGGUCGAGCCUUACAUAUGGAAAUCAGAAAGCCUUACGAUUUAACUUUGCCAAUGGAGUAAACGUCAUGAGAUGUCACUAAAGAACUAGACAGACGCAAUGGAACAACAAUCUUUACAAUAAUUUUUACAACAAAAAAAACCCACAUUUUUUUAUAUCGCGAAUGUCCAGGAAUGGAAAUUAAUGGGGAUCUCGGCUCCGAAGAAGUUGAUUUCAUUUCUGAGCCCAACCUUGAAACGAGGAAACUUAUGGGAGGCUUCAAAGUGUAUAAGAGGAGGUGGUUCAUUUUGUCGGUUGUCUGCAUGCUGAAUUCUUCGAAUGCAGUGCUAUGGCUGAGUUUUGCUCCAGUGGCAGAUCAGACGGCCAGGUAUCUUCGGGCCUCCAUGGACCAGGUUAACUGGCUGUCCCUGGUCUACAUGGUGGUGGCUGUGCCCUUUUGUUUUGUCACCACGUGGAUGUUGGACACCCUGGGACUCCGGAUCUCGCUGAUCCUGGGGUCCUGGCUCAACAUGGUGGGGAGCGGCCUACGUUUCCUCAGCAUCUUGAGCAGCCUGCCGCCGUCUGUGCGCUACUUCCCCCUGCUGAUGGGAGGCCAGACGCUGUGCGCCCUGGCGCAGACCUUCAUCAUCUUUUCCCCCACCAAGCUGGCUGCGCUCUGGUUCCCCCAGCACCAGAGGGCCACCGCCAAUAUGAUCGCCUCCAUGUCAAACCCGAUUGGAAUUCUCUUGGCAAACCUCUUCUCUCCGAUGAUCGUCGGACAGGACAUGAACAUUCCUCUGAUGUUGGGGAUCUACACCAUCCCACCAGUUGUAGCCUGUAUCCUAGCAACACUGGGGAUCCGUGAGAGUGUUCCGCCGUGUCCUCCCUCCGCCAGCGCGGAGAGCUCAAACUCAGAGCCGUUUCUGCAGGGCAUCAAGCUGCUGUUGAUGAACAGAGCAUAUAUGAUUCUCCUGCUGUGUGUAGGAGCCGGAAUAGCCCUGUUCACCUGCUUCUCUACCGUGCUGGAGCAGAUCCUCUGUGUUAAAGGAUACAGUGACGGCUUUGCAGGGAUUUGCGGAGCACUCUUCAUCCUGUUUGGGGUGAUUGGUGCCGCCUUUCUGGGGUUCUACGUUGACCGGACCAAGAAGUUCAUCGAGGCCACCAAGAUAUGCAUGUCCCUAUGUUCGUUGGCCUGCAUCGCCCUGGCAGUGGUGUCUCAGCUAAGCGACCAGAAAGCCGCGGUGGCCAGCCUGUGCUCGCUCUUUGGAUUUUUCGGGUUUGCGAUGUACCCCGUCGCCAUGGAGCUGUCAGUGGAGAGUUCUUAUCCCGUGGGAGAGGCAUCUUCCUCCGGCUUCCUCUUCAUCUCUGGGCAGAUCCAAUCCAUUGUCUACAUGGUGAUUCUCCAGGCGCUUACGCAGCCAAUAGCAGACUCCCCUGUCUCCACGUGUGCUGCUGAAGGAGGCGUGUCCUUGAGCUGGAGAGUGCCAGUGCUGGUGAUGGCCGGUCUUCUCAGCGCAGGAACUUGCGGCUUUGUGCUUUUCUUCCACACCAAGUACCGGAGGCUGGAGGCCGAGGCUGAUGCCGUCAUCGGCAUCAGGGACCGUGACCGUAACGGUCUCUCCUGAGCACAUUGCUAAACCUACUCAUGUUCUCCCGCAUUAUCCUUAAGGGAUUUAUGCAUUUUUUAGCCUCCCUCAGGAAAGUAAGCAUAUUGUCUAAUGACCCCUGUGCUGCUAAUCGCCCUCUGACUGCACCAGUUAACUUCUGAUGCAUGUUAGGCCAGUCCAGCGUCCCAGGUUCUCCAAGGUGUCCUGAGGCUGUUAGGACAAUCAGCUAAUCCAGAGCCCUUUCAAUGCAAAAAAGUAUGCCUCAACAAGUGUUUUAGUCUUAUAAUGAAACUUUAAGACUUCAAAUCUUACUUGUGAGAUUUCCUUACCCCAUUGGCAAAUCUGGCAAAUUAGUAACUUUUUCACCCCAUUGGAAAUAUUUUUUGUCUUAUUUAGCAAAAACAAAAGAAAAGAAAUAAGGUUUUAUAAGACUUAAAUACUUGUUAAGAUUGACUUUUUUGCAGUGUUGGAAACCCUGAGAGAAAGUCAAUACUGAGAGAACUGCUCUCUGUAAAAAGCAUAGCCACCAGUGUCUUUGAGCCAGGCAACCAUUUCGCCUCAGACCUUUCGCCUGGGCGUGUUCAUCUACCUCAAUACGGGCAGCCCGUGCCUUCAAUAAGCCCAUGUCAUGAGUGGCGUAACUUUUUAAAAUCAAGAUAUUUAUGAAAUGAGGUACUAGUUUUGACUAUUGAACUAAAACUGUUUCAUUGAACAUUUUUAUCACUGCUAGCCCAAUAACAUGGACAAGUUCCUCUGUGCUUGGAAGGCAAUGCCCUUCACGUGCAGUGACGGCUAUUAAUUUGUUGCCGAAUGUCAAUUUUGAGGCUGUUUCUCAGAAUUUAUUUUUUAAUUGUAUUUUCUAAAAACUAAAAGGCAAAAUCAUUUAGGUAUAAACAAUUAGUAGGCAUACUUGGAAUUUUAUCAAAUUUGAUCAAUUUUGUAUGAGUUUUUAAUCUUCUGACUAAAAUUUUUAAUCUUCUCAUUAACUAGCUACUCAAAAUAUAACAUUUUCUUAUUUGCAUCCAUUUUACAUUUAAAGCCAGAACAUUUGUUCAAAAUUGUUGCUUUUGGAAAAUAGAUUAGAAAUGACAAGGUUGAAAAAAUGCUAGGAACCAAACAAAAAAGUAUGAACUUGAUUCAUUCCAGAGUUGUCAUCGUUUCCCCCAUAUUGUCAUCCCUUCCUUCCAUGUACACAACCGUGCUUUAAAUUGUUUUGUUUUAGAAUUUUAAUGAAUUUAUGAUAUUAUUUGUUUAAUAAAAGUGCUUUUUCAA